AUGAGUGAAACACCAAUAUACAGUGAUGACUAUGUUCAAAUGUGGAAGAUGGUUGAGGAAUCGUUUGAUCGUUUAUGUACCAUUUGGGAUGAUAUUGGUGUACAUAGCUCAUCAUCACGUGAUGAGUUAAAAAGAAACUAUAUAGUAAGUUGCAAAACUGCAUUAAGUGUUCACUUGGAAAAUUAUCGAAAAACGCUAAUCCAAUCAUUUGAAAAGAAAGAACAAAAGUUGAACGAGAUGUGCACGAACCUUGGGUAUGAUAUAGGAAUGAUAUGGAAAAAUGAAAAUGGUGUAGAUAGACGAGAAAACAAGACCUUGCGUGAGAAAGAGACGAUUAUCGACAAAAUUUUGGAAGAAGUGGAUCGAAAAUAUGUUAGUCAAAUGAUAAAGAGUGAACAGCUUAUUAAUGAGCUGAAAGGGUUAUAUGAUGAAUUAGAGGAGGAGAUGGAAAGUGAUUUUCGUAAUCCAGAAGCGUUUUUGACUGAGGGUAAUCGCAAUCUAUUAUUAGCGAGGAUUAACGACAUUUCUAUCGUGAAGGAGAAGCGAAUCAAUGCCCGUUCUCGUUGUUUGAAUGAACUAAAUUCCUUUUAUACCCUCCUUGGAAUAACUGCCGAGAAUGCCGAAGAUGAGUUUGAUAAGCAAGUGUUAUCGCAUCCUGAAACAUUGUCUCUAAGGAAGAGCGACAUUGAAAAACUGUAUCAUCGAUGUAAUGCACUCUCCGAAUUGCAGACCGACCGAAUCAACAUUAUAAACCAGUACAUGCAGCAAAUCGAAGCGCUCUGGAAACUGCUGGAAACGUCUGCGGAGGAGGUGGACGCCUUUUCGGCCAAAUGCCAGAUUAACUUGUCGAACGAGACGAUUUCUCUGCACGAAAACUAUCUCCACCAACUGCAGGAGCAAGUGAAGCAGCGACUGACGCAGCUGAUCCCCGCGAUUCGUGAGGAAAUCCAGGGCGUAAUCGAUUACAUCUGCGCGUACAGCAACGUCCUGCAGAGCUGGGAUUUGUCGGUUUUGCAGGCCUCGCCCGGUAUUUCUGAUCGUUCCGACUGA